GAGUAAUUGUUUAAGUGGUAAAUAUUUAUGCAAUUAAUAGUAUGCUUUUAUAUAAGAAUUAUCGACAUCCUUACAUAUUUGUCAUCAAUAUUGAUGUAAAGAGAUGAAUUACAAAUUUCUUGUUCGAUUACAUUUUAUAUUUGAUUAAAAUCAAACGCAGGAAUGUCAACAACAACAACAGUCAGCUACUUUCAGUUUCACUUGCGGUUUAUGUCAAAAUAACAGACAACCAUGUUUACAGUGUUAGAACUAUGCAAUAUUUUAAUUGAAAACUCUUUUAUUGCUACAUUACUGGUGGUAGCAGGUUUUUAUUUUAUUAGUCGACGUUAUAGAUUUGCGUUCAUGAAAACAGAACAGAUCACCCAUGAGUCAGAGUAUUGCAAUGAUCCAAACUGUGUGCGUUGCAACAAAUAUCACGAUACCGUUUCCAAAGCAUUAAACAAGAUAUCUGGAGUAAAAAGUAGAGUUACAUCUUUCAAAAUACAGAAAGGGAUUGAUUUCGUAUACAGACCUAUACCAGAUGGUUAUAGACAAAAACCAAACGUGUUCUAUUAUGACAACUUAGAACCGAGGAAUAUCUGGGACAAACAUUCCAAGAUGAGAAUUAAAGAUUGUCAAGAACUUGAGAAGUCUGUUCAAACUAUCAGAGAUGAUAUAAAGUUCCUUCUCGAAAACCCAGACAAAGGUAUUUGGAAGAGAAACCAGACUCCAAAUGGAUCUUGGGAUGUUUUUCAUUUUAUUAAUCAAGGGUCAGCUAUUACAGUUAAUCAAACUAUUUGUCCUAAAACUAUGAAUAUUGUUAAUAGACUUUCAUCUGUAAUGAAGGAGAAUGUCUUUGGUAAUGUGCUGAUAUCCGUGCUGAAACCAGGAACAGUGAUAACUCCUCACUAUGGACCUACAAAUAUCAGACUUAGAUGCCAUUUAGGCUUGAAAGUAUCUCCCGAAUAUCUCCUUACAGUUGAUGGACAAACCACAACAUGGGAAAAUGGAAAAUGUCUCGUUUUUGAUGAUUCGUAUCUGCAUUCAGUGAAGCAUGAAGCAAACAAAAAUUCAGAACAAGAGGACCGUGUGGUUUUAAUCAUAGACUUAUGGCAUCCAGAUUUAUCAGAAGAAGAAAGAGAUGCUAUCAACUUGUGCUUUCAUCCUUAGGUUAUUACAAAGAAAGUUCUGGGUCUGAAAUUAUAAAGAAAUUUUAACAGGUCCAAACUCAGAUCUCAGGUAUUGAUUGGUCACAAACCAGCACAGAUUGUACACUGACCAAUGAAAAUCCUGAGAUACGAGGUCAAAUUGAGGAUAGAAUUUUAUAACCUCAAGUCUAGCUCUUACUUAUGAAAUUUGCAAGCAGCAUUAGGGUUUAUGAUUAAACAAAUAUUGUUUUAUUUUUGUGCUCCGUAAGAAUACUUUUUAGAAAGCAUCAUUUAUCAUAUUGUCUAGGAUUUAGGGAGCCUUUAUUUAUUAAAAACACAUAUAUUUAUUA